CUUCUGCCGAAUUCAUGUUUUUGCCAGCUCACCACCUCCUUGCGCGCGUCGUAGUCGGCGCCGUCUUGGCCGUGCCGACAGUGUACUUUGCCACUGUCUUGUUCCCUGCCAUUCGUCACGUGCCCCUCUCCGAAGGGUUCAGCCACAUCCGCUCGAAUGUCUGGGCGACGUCUGCCUUGAUUGAUUAUGUUGCUGGGCUGAGCUUCACGCUGCCAUACAUGUGGUUUCGCUCGCCCAAUUCUAUCGUGGGUGUCCUUGUUGUCUUGCUUUGCACCACGAUGGGCAAUGUCGUGUCGGUGGCUCUGUUCAUCGCGCUGAUCUGGACAAGUCGAGGAACCCUGCGUCAAGCGGUGCUGCCGCUGGACCAUGCCUUGCAUGCGCCGAACACGAAUACGUGGGGAGUAGUUGUUUACCAAUGGAUUGUUUCUAUCCUGGGACUCAUCUACUGGGCGUACCUUUUCUAUGCCGCGGCCACCGAAUCGGUCCCCGACGGCUGGGCCUUCAUCCGUUCGGACACGUGGAGCUAUGUUACAUUGGUUGAUGUCCUCACUGGCAUCUCCAUGGUCGUCACGUACGUCUUGGUGCGCGAACUCCGCGACGGCAACAUCUUGAUCGCGCUCUUGUGGGUUCUUGGCUUGCUCUGCCUCGGGAACGGUGUGACAAUCGUCUACCUGCUUUACGUCAGCGCGGGGCCGAUGGCCGGUCGGUCGCUGCAGGAAGUGUUUCUGUGGGGCGAAGCGGGGCCUUCAAGUGAGCGAGCUCCUCUUGUUAAGGCUCACUAAUGUCGUAGCAGAUCAAGACACCGACACGUGAUGCCUGAAGCCUACCGAUUGACUAGAGCAUACAUCGUUCACGAAACAGCAAUAACAUACUCCAGCAUCAAUGUUAAUUGCACGACUCUUGAAGUGUUACUA